ACGAGUUUGCGCCUGCGCAGAACAUUCUGUGGGAAAGUUGCCUUCUUUAACCCGCAUGUUAUUCCCUAUCACGUGGAGAAACCCCUCUGUGAUUAUUCAGUGAUGUUGGUGGAUUUUCGAGCUGUCAACAAUCAUAACUAAGUUGUGAAGUUUGGGUUUGUUGUGCUAACUCUACCGCGGUGUCGGUCCGGCACUGCUGCUGCCACCAACACUCCACAGUAAACACGGGAUUGUAUAACAGAACAUUCAAAACAAAAUGUCGGAUUUCGAUCACGACGAUAGUGCAGAUGCCUGGGCGUUAUUAGCUUUAAAAGACCCCUCGAACUCCCCGUUUAGGGUGAAGGAUGCAGGGGGUCAGGCUUUGGCAAAAAUCCGUGGAAAAGAGUUCGAGUUUCUGGUUAGAAAUAGUACUACCAUUAUUGGACGCAACUCUUCGACCCAAGGCAACGUUGACAUUCAUCUAGGCAAUUCGAGUUUCAUCAGUCGAGCUCAUGUUGAAAUUCUGUUCGAGAAAUCCCGGUUUUUCCUGAAGUGCAAUGGAAAAAAUGGAAUUUUUCUCGACGGUCAUUUCCAACGAAAGAGUGCCCCACCUGUGGAAAUGCCUAAAACUUGUUCUAUCCGGUUUCCCAGUACAAGUAUUCGGCUGUACUUUCAAUCCUUAGUUCAGGUACAGUUCAGACAUUUACAAGCUCAGGAUUCAUGAACCUGGAUCCAGAUU